AUGUCGAAGGAAGAGUCCAACGCCGCAUCUGGUCUCUCGACCAAAGUCGAGAAGAAGCGCAAGCGCCAAGCCGAUGAAGAGCCACUCACCGCGAAAGACGCAACGACACCCACGACCACCAACACCAACGCUACAUCGGAAUCCGGGCCCAGUCUUAAGAAGCAAAAGAACAAGCAGAAACUCAAGGAGAAGAAGAAAUUGAAGGCACAGCAAGCGCAACAGGACGAUAUGAGAGGCGAGGAGCGCAAAGAGGGCAUUGAUGGAUCGAUUGGGAAGAUGGACGGGCCGUUGUUGGCAGACUACUUUGCGCAGAAGGCGAAGAGGCAUAAUAAGGAGAUCUCGGCUGUGGAAUUGAGUGAUCUUUCUGUUCCUGAUUCCGCAUUCCUUGAUACAUCAUCCUACGACGGGUCGAGAGCCCUCGAUAAACUCCCCGAAUUCCUUAAAGCAUUCAGCCCAAACAAGGGAGCUGGUCUGUCUAAGGCUUCCGAAGAAAAGGGUACUCCGCAUACGUUGGUGGUUUCUGGUGCUGCGCUUAGGGCGGCCGAUGUGGUUAGAGCACUCCGUCCAUUGCAAAAUAAGGAAUCCACAGUGGGAAAGCUAUUCGCCAAGCAUAUCAAGCUGGAAGAGGCUAAGCAAUUCCUCCAGCGAGCGCGCAUGGGCAUCGGCGCCGGUACACCUGCACGAAUCUCCGAUUUGAUCGAGUCAGGAACUCUCAAAUUGGACGAACUCGAGCGCAUCGUCAUCGACGGCUCUUUCAUCGACCAGAAGAAGCGCGGGAUAUUCGAUAUGAAGGAGACGCAUCUUCCGCUGCUUCAAUUGCUGACUCGGCCUGAGUUCCGGGAUCGCUAUGGAGCGAAGCAAAAGAAGAUUCAGAUUUUGGUGUUUUGA